CGGGCUCGGCCGGCUGUGCGCGCCCACUCCGGCUCCAGGCGGCCAGCACGAGCGUGCCCAGGCCGCCCGGCUCCAGCGCGGCGCAGCCCAGCCCAGCCCAGCCCAGCCCAGCCCAGCGCAGCGCAGCGGCGGCAGCGGCAGCUCGCGCGGAGGCCCCGCGGCCCUCGCAGCUCUCCCUCCCGGGUGCGGUGCAUGGAGACGCGGCCCACGGGCCUCCGUUGAGACCCCCGCCGGUCGGGACCCGCCGGGGUGCGGUGGCCUCGCGCUCCCGCCCGAGGGCUGCGCGCGGCCCUGGUUGCCCGCGCGGAUCGCCGCGGCGCGGCCGUCCCGGGCCAGGAAGUGGCCGUCUGGAGCGCCAUGGCCCACUCCCCGGUGCAGUCGGGCCUGCCGGGCAUGCAGAACCUGAAAGCAGACCCAGAAGAGCUUUUUACAAAACUAGAGAAAAUUGGAAAAGGCUCUUUUGGUGAGGUGUUCAAAGGCAUUGACAAUCGGACUCAGAAAGUGGUUGCCAUAAAAAUCAUUGAUCUGGAAGAAGCUGAAGAUGAGAUAGAGGACAUUCAACAAGAAAUCACAGUGCUGAGUCAGUGCGACAGUCCAUAUGUAACCAAAUAUUAUGGAUCCUAUCUGAAGGACACUAAGUUGUGGAUAAUAAUGGAAUAUCUUGGUGGAGGCUCUGCACUGGAUCUGUUAGAACCUGGCCCUUUAGACGAAACUCAGAUUGCUACCAUACUAAGAGAAAUACUGAAAGGACUCGAUUAUCUGCAUUCAGAGAAGAAAAUCCAUAGAGACAUUAAAGCGGCCAACGUUCUGCUGUCUGAACACGGAGAGGUGAAGCUGGCUGAUUUUGGAGUGGCUGGCCAGCUGACAGACACCCAGAUAAAAAGGAACACCUUCGUGGGCACCCCCUUCUGGAUGGCACCCGAGGUCAUCAAGCAGUCAGCCUAUGACUCCAAGGCAGACAUCUGGUCCCUGGGCAUCACGGCUAUAGAACUGGCGAAAGGGGAGCCUCCUCAUUCCGAGCUGCACCCCAUGAAGGUUUUGUUCCUCAUUCCAAAGAACAAUCCCCCAACGCUGGAGGGGAACUAUAGCAAACCCCUCAAGGAGUUCGUGGAGGCCUGCCUGAACAAGGAGCCAAGCUUUAGACCCACCGCUAAGGAAUUACUGAAGCACAAGUUUAUCAUACGCAACGCAAAGAAAACAUCCUACUUGACUGAGCUCAUCGACAGGUACAAGAGGUGGAAGGCUGAGCAGAGCCAUGAUGACUCCAGCUCGGAGGACUCGGAUGCAGAAACAGAUGGCCAGGCGUCUGGAGGCAGUGACUCUGGGGACUGGAUCUUCACAAUCCGGGAGAAGGAUCCCAAAAAUCUCGAGAACGGAGCUCUUCAGCCAUCGGAUUUGGAAAGAAACAAGGUGAAAGACAUCCCAAAGAGGCCUUUUUCUCAGUGUUUAUCGACAAUUAUUUCUCCUCUGUUUGCGGAGCUGAAGGAGAAGAGCCAGGCUUGCGGAGGGAACCUGGGGUCCAUAGAAGAGCUGCGGGGAGCUAUCUACCUGGCCGAAGAGGCCUGCCCGGGGAUCUCAGACACCAUGGUGGCCCAGCUGGUGCAGCGGCUGCAGAGAUACUCUCUAAGUGGUGGAGGGACUUCAUCCCACUGAGAUUCCUUUGGCCUUCGUGUUUCAUUUUUCCUUUUCUCUUCAUCCUCCUUUUUAAAAGUCAACGAGAGCCUUUGCGACCGCUGAAGAGGCGCCACUGAGGGGCCAUCCCCAAAGCUGCGGGCGCCUGUCCUGGGACACAGUCCUCUGUGCCACAGCCAGAUGAAGUCUCUCAGGUGGGGUGGGAAGGGUCUGCUCCUUUCAGGAUUAUUUUAUUUUUUUAUUGUUUUUAAUUGUCACCAUAGUGCACAUAUUCAAGGAAAGUAUCUUUAGAAAAAAAACACAAGCCCUGAAGUGUAUAUCUGGGAUUACGGUAAGGCAACUGAAGACGUGAAACCUCAGGUAUCCUGCUUUACGUCGAUGGCCCCCGGGGGACGGAGGCUUGCUCUGGCGGACCGGUGUAGAUUUGUAUAUAGCGUUCUUUUUACAGAAACCUUUUUGGCGUGCAGAAGGAAUCACUGUGUACACAUUGGCCACGUGCUUCUGUAGAUACUGCCCGUGGAGUAAAUAUUUGACAGGCCAUAACUGAGUCUAUUACCUUGCCUUUAUUACGUGUAAAUUUUUGGAUUGUGUGACCAGUGAUUUGGGUUUUAUUUUGUAUUUGCAGGGUUUGCCAUUAAUAAUAAUUAAUGCCCCUCUGUGGAACACUCCUAUUUGUACCUCAACAAAUGCAAAUUUUCCUCUUGUUUUCCCUACACCCCUCUUGGUACACUUAGAAGUUAAUUUCCUUUUUCAUUGAUGGUACUAUUUCUUAGUGUUUUAAAUUGGAACAUAUCUUGUCUCAAUGAAGCUUUAAAUUAUUUUAAGUUUCUCCCAGAUGAAGCACUCUCGUCUAACCUUUGGAAUCGUGCCACUGCUGGUCUGCGCCAGGUGUACCGUUCUUUCCAACACGAUUGUCACCUUGUAGUGGAAUCUGCGUAUCAUCUUUCCCACUGAAAGUGUCUGAAUGCUUACACGAAUAAAUUUUAUAACACACUUA